AGAUGUUGUAAAAGCAAUACUACAUAUUUGAUUGAAAAUUUUUCUUUUCGUAAUGAAACCGCAAGAACUAAACUAGAUAUAGUAUAUGUUGACGAGACCAAUGGCGCCGAUGAUUCUGGUGAUGGAACCCAAGAUAAGCCUUAUAAAACGAUU